CUGGCAAACUGUUUGGAAGCAGGUGAACGGACAGAGACAAAGAGUAGCAGCUUCAGUCUUGGAUAACAACUGAUUCUUCAGAGCAAGAUGUGAAACAUCUUGUUGAUGUUUAAAUGGCGUGUAUCCGUGUUAAAGUGCAGUCGCUGAUAUCUAAACUCCAGUCCAAGUAUGGGAUACAGACGAAACAACUUGUUACACCAUUGAAGAAAUUUAAAGAGGACGGGGAAGAUGGUGGGUCAAAAGAGGACUGGUACCUGGUGGAGAAGACCAAACGCUUCUGUCUUCCCAAGACCAUGCUGUUCCUGGGGCGAGAUGAGUGUGAUGUUGUAGUGCAGAGCCAAAGUGUGGAUAAACGACAUGCAGUUGUGACCUAUGAUCACUAUCUCUGCCGAUUCAAGAUAAAGGAUUUGAGCACAGCUCAUGGGACAUACGUCAACGAGAGCCGGAUUCCAGAACAAGAAUAUGUUACUCUGAACCACAUGGAUUCCGUACGCCUCGGAUUCGAUACCAUGGUGUACCAUGUGGAGAAGGGUAGCCAUGUCCCCCACACCCACCCCGGGCACACUCACCACCACCCCACAGAGACGCUACCUGGGUGGGCGGCCCGCGACGGAGGGGUGCAUAUGCAUAUGGCAGAAUGCGAGGUGAUAAGAAGUAGAAGGCAGAUGGUUUUCAAUCAGGUUCCAAGGGGCUGCAUAGCCGAGCAGCAGAUUCAUCACACAUGUGUUCAUCAAACAGAGGAGCCAAAUUUCGUAGAUAUGCAUCGCAGUUUUGGUAAGAAGGAAUCUGAAGAAGGAAGCAAUCCUGGUCUUGGAUCCAACACCUGGCCCAGGAAGAGGCUGCGUCAGGGGCGGCAUCAUCCCCACGUGGCCUCCGUUUUCACUGGUGACCAAGCUGAUGGCAGUAUGACAAACAAUGGAUAUGAUUACCCAUCUAACGGGGACGGACCCCAUCACUCAACAUGUGAACAUGGGAGUUACUAUGACCCCACGCGGGAUGCUCAGUGUAUGUGCUUCGCCCGCAACGCUGACUACCUGGAUUACGCUGUUACACGGAUACCUAGGAGUGGAUCUCGACAUAAACUGCCACCAGAAUUAGAAACAGUGAAGAAAUGCACGCCCCUGUACGGACAACCUGAUUGGUGGGGAGAGGAGGGGACAGAUUCGUACCCAUCAAAGCCCGGGUCCAAGAGGAGUUCUGUCCAUGGGGAUACAGAGAGCAGUAACCAGGUUGACCGCCCUAGAAGUCUGUCUCUAGAGCAGAAAGAGGCCUUGUCAAGGAUGGAGAAGUCUCAGGGUGAGGCAGAGUAUGGCACCAGGUACAUGGAGAUCCCAUACAGGGCCCUGGAGUCUGACCGGGAGAAGGAGACCCCGCCUAGAAGCAUGUCCUCCUCUUUAUCCAAGGACAGCUUGUUCUCGGAGACCAGCAAGAUGAACACACCAGACACACCGGGGGACCGCACGUCCUCCAAGGAGGGGACGCCAGACCGUGGCAGGCAGACGGACACUGCAGCCAUGGCUUUCACUGUAGACUUCGGGGAUGACGACAAGAAGGCAAAGAUGCCCAAGUCUCUCAGUGAAUGUGUGCCUUCCAAAAUAAGAAAAAGUUUUCGAGAAAGAAAAGAUAAAGUCCAACAAAGGUCACAAAAUAAAGAGGCCACACCAAGCAAGUCUGAGGUGAGGACAGAGAGAUGUCAACAGACGAAGCAGGAGGACGACACAGCAAGCUCCUCCUCAGACACAAAACCUGUGAAAAAAUAUCCAGCUUCAAAGAAGACAGAUUCUCAUGGCAACAAAAAGUUUGGGGGAGAAAAAUCUCCGUCAAGACUUACAGAAAAUGGGGAUUCAAGUGGCAAGAGUGACACCCCUGUGAAAGGUUCCAGGGCAGCUAGGAGUAAGAAAUCCCCAAGUUCUGUGCGAUCCAGCACCAAAUCUCCUAAAUCAAAACCGUCAGAAGUGUCAACGUUGGAUCCUACGCAGUACAGGGACCCUGCAUCCUUCCUCAUAGACAAGAUGUUCGAGGGCAAUGGCAAGGGCCACCAGAAGCCUGUUGCAGAAGUCGAAAGUAGUGCCCGUCCACUGACCGAACAUGACUUGUACCAAGAGUCAGCAAGCUAUGAUCUAACGGCAGUGCAGAACGGAGACUCUAAUGGUGAUCUGAGCUCUGCAAGCCAUCUCAAAAAGCGAAAAUCAAAAGACAUGGGAAGCCCUUGUGUGCAGGUGACCAAUGACAAACUGAUUCCUGAGAAAAAGGAAGACGAUAAAGUGAGUGAGGCAGGGACCUAUACUAUUGAGGCGGAGGAAGAAUGUGGUGAUGAGGAUGAAGCGCCUAGGAAUAUUGACCGAGUCUUCGGGGUGGACCCUAAUGUUGUGUUUGAGAGACCUGUGAUAGAUAUGGAGAACAGUGAUGAGGAGGCUGGACAAGGGGAGGUAACUGACAACUUAGAGUUGGCACAAAAACGAGCAUUCCGAGAUCGGGGAAGCAGCAUGGAGGUUGAGGCAGGGAGUGCAGACACCAUGGAAGAUCUGGAAAUUCCAGAUGAUAUUGAUCUCGAGACUUACUUAGAAAAUCAGGACCUGUCUCUGGCCACCAUGUCCACUGACGAUGUUCCUAAGUGGGUGUCACAGUGGGCUGCCUUGGCGAAGCAGCGAGCAUUGAAGAAAUCUCAGAGUCUAGAUCUGGAGGAAGGUCAUAACAGUAUGAAAGAUGUGGGCUCCCAGAAGCCACCUAAUGGGCGUGAGCGGCCGGGCACAGGAAGGAAGCUGCCCUCUAUACCCACUGACCAGAGUCCCUGUAGCAGUGAUAAUAGCCCUCGGAUCGGGGAGCUGAGUCCACGGUCGGGAGAUGUUACCCCACGACAAGAGGACCCACUCACACUGUGGCCCCUGGAUUCAAAACAAAAAUCUGUGACUAUUUCUAGUCAAGUAGUAACCCACUACGAGGAGACCAACGGUGACUCGUCGGCUCGUGGUCGGAGUGGAAGUGGGUCGGACAUGAGCGGGGAUACCACCCAGAGGACAGAUAGUCCUGCCUCUGAUUCUGCCCCGACAAACACCAGCAUGGAUACAGAGGUGUUGUUGAGGGAUACUGUGACUGUGAUGGCAGCCAUGGAGGCUCGAAUGGCUAACAGAGAGACUAUGAAUGGCUAUUGUCAGAAUGACACAGCUGGGGAUUCAGACUCUGACAGCCUUGUGGCAAUGGUUAAUGGUGAUGACAAGUUUGUGAAACCAACAGCAUUUUCAAGCCCAAGGGACAAUCUAGGGAAGAGGUCAACACCUAAACAUGUUUUAACAUCCACACCUAAAAAACCUGCUUUAAGUAAAUCUCUCUCUGUGAGUAGGGACCAAAAUGUUAGUAAAACUACCAAACCCAGAAGCUACAGUUUAGACACUUCAGGAGUGUCAGACGUUUAUAGUGAAUCUUCUGAACUGGGAGACUCGGAAAGUUAUCGUUCUGAUGUCAGUUCAGACAAUAUGGGAAGUUCUGCCAAGAAAGAAGCCAAAAAGGGUGUGAUUACCAACACGAAGCCGAACAGAGCAUUUGCUCUGAGACGGGCCAAAGCUGAUGGCCCAGAGGAGACUCCCAGGACAAACAGGAGCAGAAGCUCUACAGGGAGUACACCCAGAGGAUCCACCAACCGUACUGCCAGUUCGUCGAGAGUGCACACAGCCUCAAGUGUGGCCAGGUCCACUGCAUCCAGCACGGCCAAGUCCUCUGUGCGGUCCAAGUCUGGGAUGUCAGGGAGGUUCGAUUCUGGCAAGAGUGAGGUCAGCCUAGGAGCUGAGAUAGUCAAAAAGAGCAGGGAAAAUAUCAAAUCAUCUUCUCCAAACUUUGAUAGGAAAGAUGGUGGUAGGCAUAGUUUGCGAUCGGGGUACAAGACCAAUUCUCAAAAGACACUGUCUGUUUUCAACCCUGUUGAAGCUGCAAGGAGGAAUGAACUGAAGGUUCUGAAGUCCCAGUUAAAGAAGACAGAUGGAUCUCGGGGACUGUCUGUUUCUGGCCACAGUGCUCGAAGCCAGUCUCAGCCAGGAAGUCGCUCCAACUCACCAAAAGCUGCAGAACGGCUUGCCUGGAAACGGAGGAAGGAGUAUGACCCACGUAAAGCAGUUGCCUCUGCUAAGGCAAAAGCUAAAGAUGUACCUAAAUCAAAACCACUGCCAUCAAAUCAGUCAACUCUGGCUAAGAAGCGGAUGUAUAGAUCAGCUUCAUUUACCAACUCUGCAGAACUCUCUGGCCGAAGUAGUGAUACCUAUAGAAAUGGCUCCAUUUCAAGUGUGGAAGAUCUCAGUUUGACCACAAGUGAAGCCACGGACAGCUUCGAUGAGCAGGGUCUCCCACGGGCAUUCAUUCCCCUGUCUGGGCCUCUACGUCGAGACCGGAUCUCUCACAGUGCUGACGAGGACGAUACUAGUCUCUCGGUACAUUCAUCUCAGGACAUAAGUCGUGGCAUGCUCGGGAGUGCUGUGUACAAAUCCGCCUUUACACCACCACCGGCAAAGCUCAAGUCACCGUCAGUGGCGACAUCCCCCCUCCCCACCUCCACCCUGUCGUCACGGCGACGGACUCUUGAUUCCAUUGAGUACGAGGAAAACCAUUCCAGACUGUCUGGUGGGGACAGUCCACAGUCCUACGACACUCUCCUCAUCACCUCGAUCUACCAGUUGUCACUCAAGCUGAAGACGUCGACAGACAGGACACUCAACAAACUAAGAGAGCAUAAUCGUGUGAGUGCAACUCCCUCUCCCAUAGACGACUUCCUCAGUCACUCGGGGAAGAACGAGAUACCAGCCUGGAAGUCAGCCAAUCAGGAGCUUGCUGGCAUCCUAAAGAAUCUACGCAAAAUUGAGCAUCACCAACAAGUGGUACACAGAGCUCUGUUCCCUGAUGAAGACUCGCCAACUGAAGUGUCUGGAAUCUCUUCAAGGGAAAAACAAAAGUACUACAAGGAAAUUCAGCGGAUACGGAACGAGUUGGCCGAUUUCCGAUUCAUUGACAAACCCGAGUGUGAGGAGGCAUGGAAGAAGCAGGAAGACCCACAAGAAAUGUCUCCAGACAUGGAAGAAAUAGGGGAAGAAGAGUUCUACUAGUAGAAGUUAUCAAAGUGAAAUUUGGCUUGGACUGAUCCAGGAAAUAUAUGAGGUUAUGAUCUCUGUAAUUACUUGAAAAAUCUUUUCUCAGUCAAGGAAUGUUUUUGCCGGAUUUUAGUGUCAUAACAUCCAUGAAGAGUCUGAUCUUGUACCAUUCUUGAGUGCCAAAGAAUUUGCAUGAAGAAAUGUUGAACCAGCCUACUGUGAUGACAGAAGUAAUGACAGAAAAAUCAAGAAAUAACUAUAUGCCUUCUCAGAAAUGACAUUAAUAUAUUUUCAGUUGUUAAAGAUAAAUAAAUGCAAUAUAUAUCAAAAUGAUAUAUUGGGCAUUUUCUUUGUUCCCAAGUCACUGGUCUUGUAGGGCUACAAACAAGGGGAGGUAACUCAAGCAAAUUUAGUGUCAAGUUAUAAGCCACUUGUUAAAAGACAUUGCUAUUUACAGAUUCUGAGGCAUGAAAUGGUUUUAUUGGAAAUAUUGAGAUAUAUAAAUGACCUGCAUUGUGACAAGGGAGGCGUGUAUUCCUCCUCCAUAUGGCCUGGUCUGUAAGUGCAGUCCGUUGUGGCAGUGUGCUUGUAUACCCCAGCAUGGCCUGUUGUCCUUCAUGGUAGGCUUCAUAAUUUCACUUGUUCAAGAUACACGUUCCUUGGUAGACUGGUUAUUAAGUAAACAUGUUCAAGGAUUCGCUUGCUGUUAUACCAGUAAUGUUCACCGUGUAACUUGUUGCUCAUAGAUCAUGUGGAAUAAGGAAUUUCAAAAUUAUAUCUCUUCUUGGAAGUAUUCAAAGUUCAUUGAAGGAUUUUCUGGGACAAUGGGAGAAUUCGUAUCUAUCAUGGCAGCUUUUUUGUAAACCUAGGUAGUCCAAAAUGUUUCCAAACCAUUGAAUCCACAAGCAGAUUUCUGAUAACAUCACAAAUUGUAUUGCAAAUUAACAUUUUACAUUACUUAAAACAUUUUCAUCUGGCUGUUAGGGGAGAAAGGAUUUAGACUGGUUUUGCUCCCUUAUGUAUACGCCAGUAUGACUUUGGUGGGAUCUUUUAGGAUGGUAUAUAAGAUUUUAGUGUUCAUUUUUUUUACAUAUCCUUCAUAAAUUUGUCAACAUUUCCAAAUUGAGGUGAAUGUUGUUAGUCCUGUGUGGGGCAUUACGCUGUUUGGUAGCGCUGCACGCAUUUCUUACACAGGUUCAUAUUAUGUGUGGAUGUCUAUCGUAAUCAAGUCUUUCAGUGUAGUGAAUUAUAUAAGGGUAUUGUAACUAGCAGUCUCUCUCUGUGAUGUGAUAACUCUGAGAUUCCGUACGAUGUAUAUGCGAGGAUGUAGCAACGUCAAAUAUUAACACAUACUGUAUGUUCCUUAUGUCAGAUCUAUAGUUCAUAUCAUUUUGUUUCUAUGAAAUGUUCAUUUUUUAUAUUGCAAAUACUAGAAGAUUUUCAGCAAAAGUAAUAACCUUGGCAUGUGAUGGGUGUAAAGUCAAUGAGCUCUGCUAUACAAUGGUGCUGUGUGGUGUUGUAAAUACAUGCUUGUUUUUUGCCAUUUCUUUGUGCAAUGUCUGACCAGUAGCAACCCACUUGGUCACGCUCCGUGUCUGUGAUAUCAGAAAUGUCGCCUGUCACCAAUAGUGUAUGAGUUUUCGUUAAACGAGAAAGCAAGGUCCACACAUAGCAGCUGUGUGAUGUGAAAUACCCGGAGAAUGACAAGGGCUUGUCGGUGAAUAAUACACAGCCUCUGUAAUGGGGAUAUGAUAAUAUGUUAAGGCUGAAAUAACGUGGCACGAUACAGUGGGUAAUAAUAAUAAUAAUAAUAAUAAUAAUAAUUCCAUUUACAUUGAACCGAAUUUCACUCAAAUGAAUGGUCACGUGGCUGUUGUCAUUUUCAACUCCCUGGGGAGUAUACAACCUAUGCUUCCUGGGAGGCACUUCAGUGUUAAGUCACUUUACAAUGAUACACUUAUCUCUAUAAGUAUGUCUUUUAACGAGUUGAUAGGUUCCAAAACUGUCUGAACUUAAUGACUUCAUUCUUUGGAUUAUGUGUACAUUUGAAACGUUGAAUACAAGCACUUGUUAUUGUCUUGCAAUGAAUCAUCACAUACACAUGUAUUUCAAAAAUAAUAUUACUACUACCAGUAAUGUAAUAAUCUUGCUCUGUAAUGUAAUAUUAAUAAGUAUUUUUGGAUUGGAGUUGUUUCAGCCAUAAUGUUAAGGAUUAUCCUCUCCCGGGUAGUUUAGUAUGGCCACUGGGCACUGCCUGCAUCUAUCCAGUUGUGUGAACCCACUCCUGUAACCAGGAUAGGUGUGUGUAACAACAGCCUGAAUCACAUAUACUGGCAUAGGGCACAGUUGCAUGUCCUCAUUCAGUGUUCAGCCUGUGACAAGAGGUAACACACAGGCUAAGAAAGGAAAUAAGUAAUGUCCUGCAAAGGAUGGGAGUCACCAGUUAGCCACAUCAUCUGUUUCGGUGUUCUUCCUGCAAAGAAUCUUCUGUCAGAAGGUUUCCUACUGGGAAAGACUAUGUUCAGGUGAUAAUAUCUUUCGUUGAUUUUCGUUAACUUUUUUACAAAUAGAGUAACAUCUGGCCAUGUUAUGUCAGUUCUUGAAUGAAAUGAGAUUUGCUUGUGUGACAUGCAAGCUGUGGGAGUAUCUAUAUGUAGACCCGUAUCCUGCGGAGAUAUUGUCUCUAGCAACCCAGGAGCGACCCGUCGGGAAGCUCUUAUUCAUUCCAGACUGACUUAGCUCAAAGCUUGUUAACUGUAAAUACAUGAUUGUUUUUGCAGGCCUUGUGCUGUUUUGUGUCCGUUUAAUUCACAUGCUCUUCUAUAUGAUGCAUUUGUACUUAGGAAAAGCCAGGUGAACAAAUUUAACUUAUUAUAAACUUUCAAAUUGCAA